CGACGACGACUUCCUGCUGUUCAGACCUGCCAAAAGCAUUCAGACAGACACCAUGUUCAGGAUUUCUCUGAUAGCAUGCAUCUCUCUACUGGCUUAUGGCGUCACGUCCAUGCCAUAUAACUCCUGGAGUAAAAUGAUAGAUUCAGCACUCCAGGACGCCAUCAUGAGGGAAGGCGUCCAAGUGAAGUUGCUCCCAGGAGAGCGGGUGAAGGACCAAGAGGACAUGGAUGUGACUGGCUAUGACAUUGACCCUGACAUGGCCAUCUGGACAAACGCUGGAGCGAAUGGGAAGUACCUAAAGGCCGAAGAAGACAUGGACGACCUCUAUCACCCUUCCAUAGAAGAUCAUUUAAAAGCUCAGGUCCAGUACCAAGACGCCCUCUCGGAAGACAUCUCUCAUCAUCUCUUCUCUGAUAACAAGAAGCCUGAGCAAGACUUGGAUGGACUGUAUCACGGCUCCAGGGAGGAGCUUGAAGGAUACCUCGUUCCCCUUGUGGCCAAGGCUGAUGUUGGCACACAAGUCCGAGCACACAGCCGACCAGAAAAGGACGAAGAUGAGUUGUACCAUAUCGAUCUGUACUCACGAGUGCAAGAGGAACAAGGGCCAAAGGUCAUGAGUGGCACCGGUGUCAGGCUUCACCUUCAGCCAGAGGAGGACAUGGAUGACUUGUACCAUGCACAGCAGCCGAUGCCCGCCCCUCGCCACGCUGGCGUGCCCGCACCUGUCCAGGUGAACGAGCCCAUCGAUUACAGUCGGCCGGAGGAGGACCUGGAUGAGCUCAGCCACAACUAGGCUCCAAAAGAAAGCAACUCGACUGCCGGUUCAGGUUGCUGUCUUACCCUGUCGCAGAGAAAUGGAGCUGGAGUUGGUCAACACAUUCAGCCACCACUGACGGAGUUGAUUUUGUUGACUUGAUUUAAACAUUUAAUGUCUUCUCACCACCAUCCCUUAUCACCUAUCCAGAUCAGAAAGGUUCUUACAGAAACAUUCAAGAUUCACAGAAAAACGGGACCAUCCUCUGUGUCAUCUGCUGAAGUUUAUCAUCAAAACCCUGAAGUAAUAGUUUUACAAGACGACAGCCCAGGUUGCAGUUCUGUUCAACAGAUGCUGGAAAGCCCAGAUACUGUUAACAGUCUCCAUGCAAAAAUAAUUCAGUUUCUUAUAAAUAAGCUUGUCAACGAUAAAAAAUAAACUUUUAUCCAUUUAUACCCUU